AUGGCGCCCAUUAAGCGCAAGGGGAAUGCCCCCGAAGAAAAUACUUCCCGCCAACCCCAAAAACGUGCUAAGGUUGGAGCGGAGGAGGCUAAGAAAGACUACAAGAAGCCACACGAUGCCACAUCCAGCGCUGGGAAAGCUUCAGAGCUUUCUGUGCUGCGCGACGAUGAACCCUCGUUCCCUCGUGGUGGCGCAAGCAUUCUGACACCAUUGGAGCGCAAACAAAUUCAGAUCCAGGCCAACAGAGAUGUCCUGUUCGAGCAGAAAGCAAUUGGAACUCAGAAACCCUCCCAGAAGAAGCCCGCCGAGGAUUUGGCUGAGGACAGCGACAAUGACGUUGAAAUGGAGGACGAAGAGACCACUACAACAACGAAAAAGUCGCGCAAGAAGAAGUCAAAGUCCAAGAAGUCCGCGGACAAGGGAACCGAUGACAAGGAAGAUGUUCGCAUCGAGGGUCUUAGCUUCAAGCGCAUUGUACCCGGAGCCAUGAUUUUGGGUCAGGUCUCUAGUAUCAAUGCCCACGACAUCGCCCUUUCACUGCCCAACAACCUUACCGGCUACGUUCCUCUCACAUCCGUUUCCAAGGGUCUCGAAGACCGACUCGAGAAAAUGUUGAACGAUGAGGGUGAAGAUGACGAUGCUGAGGACAGCUCGGAUGAUGAGUCUUUCGAUCUGAAGGAUCAUUUCUAUCUGGGUCAAUACUUGCGGGCCUACGUUGUGUCUACCGGCGUCAACCCCGCCGAUCCUAAGGCCAAGAGCAAGAAGCGCAUCGAGCUGUCGGUCGAUCCUAGACAAGUAAACACUGGCUUCUCGAAGUCCGAUCUCGUUGUGAACUCGGCUGUCCAGGCUUCCGUUGUCAGUGUGGAAGAUCACGGUGUGGUCAUGGACCUUGGAAUUGAUGGCUCAGACCUGAAGGGUUUCAUGUCCUCCAAGGAGACCGAUCCCCAUGUGGAUUAUUCUAACAUCAAGGAAGGAUCUGUCUUCCUUUGCAUGAUCACUGGUCAAAACCCCAGUGGCAAUGUCAUCAAGCUGUCCUCUAACUUCCAGACCUCCGCCUCGAUCAAGAAGUCCAACUAUCUCAGCGCGGCACCCACAAUCAACACUUUCCUACCCGGUACCGCGGCAGAAAUUCUUCUCACGGAAGUUACAGCAAACGGCAUGAUUGGAAAGAUCAUGGGAAUGCUCGACGCAACUGUCGAUCUGGUCCAGUCUAGCAUUAAUGGCAAGGUCGACUUGGAGAGGAAAUUCAAGAUUGGUGCAAAGAUCAAGGGUCGUAUUAUUUCGACUUUCCCAGCUGCUGAGCCGCUUAAGGUUGGCUUUUCUAUGCUCGACCAUGUGCUCAAGCUCUCUUCCGAUGCCCGCGGCCCCGGUUCUGCUGAUGAUGCGCCUGCUAUCUCAGCAAUUAUUCCCGAGGCCAAGGUCGUGAAGGUUGAUCACGGUCUGGGUGUAUAUGCUCGCAUUGGAGAGACCAAGCAUAUGGGUUUCGUUCACAUGUCGCGACUCUCCGAUGGCAAGGUCGAAACAGUAGAUGAAAGCUCGGGAGCUUUCCAAUUGGACGCUGUCCACGAGGCCAGAGUCAUUGGUUACAACUCCAUCGAUAACCUCUACAUUCUUUCAUUUGAGAAGUCUGUUAUCGAACAGCCCUUCCUUCGCGUCGAGGAUGUGACUGUGGGAGCCAUCGUUAAAGGAAAGGUGGAGAAGCUUUUGAUUGGCCCCACUGGUAUGGACGGAUUGAUUGUCAACUUAGCCGACGGAAUCACUGGUCUUGUCCCUUCAAUGCACUUUGCGGAUACUACGCUCCAGUUCCCCGAGAAGAAGUUCCGCGAGGGUCAGAAGCUUUCUCUGCGAAUCCUCUCCGUUAACCUUGAGAAGCGCCAAAUUCGCUUGACUUUGAAGAAGAGCUUGCUCAACAGCCAAUCUGCUAUCUGGAAGGACUACAAAGACAUUACUCCAUCAGCUCAGUCUCCUGGUACCAUUGUCAACCUCCAAAGCCAUGGUGCUGUUGUUCAGUUCUACGGUGAUGUCCGUGGUUUCCUUCCUGUGUCUGAGAUGAGUGAAGCCUACAUUCAGGAUCCGGCCCAGCACUUCAAGCUCGGCCAGGUCGUUAAUGUUCACGCUUUGAGCGUGGAUGCAUCUCUUGGCAGACUUGCUGUUUCUUGCAAGGACCCGUCGACAUUCACCGAGAAGUACCGCGAGGCCUUUGAAAACCUGCACCCCGGCCACCUUGUUUCUGGUAUCGUCUUCGAGAAGUCUAAUGACGAUGUGCUUCUCAAGCUCGAUGAAUCUGGCCUCGUGGCUCGUCUUGACUCCCAGCACAUUAUCGACGGCUCUCCCUCCAAGCAGAGCUCAAUGAUGAACAAGCUCCGCGUUGGACAGAAGCUGAACGACCUUUUGGUUCUCAGCAUCCAGCGUGCUCACCGUCUUAUCAAGGUUUCCAGCAGGGCUAGCUUGAAGAAGGCUGCCAAGCAGAACAAUAUGCCCGGCCAGUUCGAUCAAGUGCAGGAGGGCUCCAUGAUCACGGGCUUCGUUCGCAACAUCACACCCGAUGGUGUCUUCGUUGAGUUCCUCGGCGGUCUUACUGGCUUGCUGCCUAAGCGUCUUAUCGAGGACGCCAACCUGGAGCAACCUCACUACGGCUUGUCAAAGGCUCAGACCAUUGUUGUCAAUGUGCAGUCGGUGGAUCUGGACUUCAAGCGCUUCAUCCUGAGCAUGAAGCCCGUUCAGGCUACCCAGGCUGCUCCCAAAAAGGCAGCCAAGCAGACUGACGAGACCGUCGCCAACCCCGUCGAUAACAAUAUCAAGACCAUGUCCGACUUCACCUUCGGCAGGAUUGUUGAGUGCAAGGUUGUUUCCAUCAAGGCAACCCAAGUCAACGUCCAGCUCGCAGAUAACAUCCAUGGUCGUAUCGAUGUGUCUGAAGUUUUCGAUGACUGGAAGGACAUCAAGGAUCGCAAGCAGCCCUUGCGAUUCUUCAAGGCCAAGCAAACUCUCUCCGCCAGAAUCCUCGGUGUCCAUGAUGCUCGCAACCACAAGUUCCUUCCCAUCAGCCACCGCACCGGAAAGUACCCUGUGUUCGAACUUUCUCUUAAGCCAAGCUACUUGAAGGCCGCCAACCCUGCCCCUCUGAACAUGGAGCAGGUCCAAGUUGGAUCCUCUUGGAUGGGCUUCGUCAACAACGUUGCCGAUGACUGCCUCUGGGUCAACCUGUCUCCCAACGUCCGCGGCAGACUCCGCUUCAUGGAUGCAUCAGACGAUUUGUCCCUGCUGACUGAUGUGGAGAAGAACUUCCCCAUCGGAUCUGCUCUGAAGGUUCAGGUCACCGCCGUGAACGCCGAGAAGGGCCACCUCAAUCUUUCUGCUAAACAGGGUUACGAUAAGCUCAACUUCGAAGAUAUUUCCGCUGGCAUGAUCUUGCCCGGUCGUGUCACCAAGGUUACUGAGCGCCAAGUCAUCAUGCAGCUUGGCGAGUCUCUUGUCGGUGCGGUCAACCUGAUCGACCUCGCAGAUGACUACUCCAAGGCCAAUCCCACCGUGCACGACAAGAACGAGGUUCUCCGCACUUGUGUCAUCGCCGUUGAUAAGGCUACCAAGAAGAUUGCCUUGUCGCUCCGCCCCUCCAAGGUUCUCAGCUCCUCUCUCCCUGUCCAGGAUCGUGAGAUCACUUCACUCAAGGAGGUCAAGCCCAACGAUAUCAUUCGUGGUUUCGUCCGCCGAGUCACUGAUUCCGGUCUCUUUGUGGCUGUCAGCAACGAUAUCACCGCCUACGUCCGCGUCUCCGAUCUCUCUGAUUCGUAUCUCAAGGAAUGGAAAGACUCUUUCCAGCCUGACCAGCUCGUUAAGGGCAAGGUCACUUUCGUUGACGCCGAGCAAGGCAAGCUUCAAAUGAGCUUGAAGGAGUCUGUUUUGGACCCCAACUUCAAGGCCCCUCUCACCCUUAAGGAUCUCAGCGUUGGCCAGGUUGUCACCGGAAAGAUUCGCAAGGUUGAGGAGUUUGGUGCUUUCAUUGUCAUUGACGGAUCUUCAAACCUCAGUGGUCUCUGCCACCGCAGUGAGAUGGCUGAUAAGCGUGUCGAAGACGCCCGCAAAUUGUACGAUGCAGGUGAUGCUGUGAAGGCCAAGGUCAUCAAGAUUGACCUUGAGUCCAAGAAGAUCUCAUUCUCCCUCAAGGCUUCUCACUUCCAGACCGAAGAAGAGGAGAGUGAUGAUGAGGACAGCAUGAGCAUCGAUGGCCUUGGCGGUGUCGAACUCGGCGAGAACGACAGUGACGAUGAAGAUGAUGAUGAGUCCAUGGGAGGCGUUGACGUGGAAGAUGACAGUGAAGAAGAAGAUGAGGAGGAGGAUUCCGAGGACGAUGAAGAAGUCACAAUCCAGAAGCCCAGCAAGGCUGGCGGUCUCGGUGCGAGCGGCUUCGACUGGAGCGGCACCGCCAAGGACGACGAUGCUGCACGUUCUGACAGCGACGAUGAGGAUUCCAAAAAGAAGAAGAAGAAGAACCGCAAGCCUGAGAUCCAGGUCGACCGGACCGGUGACUUGGACGCCAAUGGCCCUCAGUCCGUUGCCGACUUCGAGCGACUCCUUCUGGGUGAGCCUGAUUCCUCGCUGUUGUGGCUGCAGUACAUGGCCUUCCAGCUGGAGUUGGGCGAGAUCGAGAAGGCCCGCGCCAUUGCUGAGCGUGCCUUGCGCACCAUCACCAUGGGCCAGGAUGCCGAGAAGCUGAACAUCUGGGUUGCGCUGCUGAACAUGGAGAACACCUAUGGUGACGACGACAGCCUCGAGGAGGUCUUCAAGCGUGCUUGCCAGUACAACGAGCCCCAGGAGAUCUACGAGCGUAUGAUCAGUAUCUACAUCCAAUCUGGCAAGAACCAGAAAGCAAGCGAUCUCUUCUACGCCGCCCUCAAGAAGAAGAUUUCUUCCCAGUCCCCCAAGUUCUUCUACAACUACGCCAGCUUCCUCUUCGACACCAUGGCUUCCCCCGACCGCGCUCGUGCUCUACUCCCCCGCGCCCUGCAGUCCCUCCCUGCCCACACUCACGUCGAGACGACCUCCAAGUUUGCUCAGCUGGAGUUCCGCUCCGCCAACGGAGACGUCGAGCGUGGUCGUACCGUCUUCGAGGGUCUCCUGUCCUCGUUCCCCAAGCGUAUUGACUUGUGGAACAUUCUCUUGGAUCUGGAGAUCAAGGUCGGCGAUGCGGAGCAAGUGCGCCGUCUCUUUGAGCGGGUCCUUGGCUUGCAGAGCGGCAAGAAGGGUCCCGUCAGCAUUGAUGCUAGCAAGAAGCUCAAGCCCAAGCAAGCUCGCUUCCUCUUCAAGAAGUGGCUUGCCUUUGAGGAGAAGCUUGCCGCAGAGAAUGGCGAUGAAAAGAUGGUUGAGGAAGUCAAGGCACGGGCUGUGACCUACGUCAAGUCCCUGAAAGAGGAUGAGUAA